UGCUGUAGUGGUGAUGCUGCUCCGGUCCGUGCGGAGGAGGAGAGGGAGCGCUCCGCUGCCCAAUGACAGCGCAGGAUGCUGAGAGAGGCUGCUGGGCUUGAAUGGAGGCGACAAGAUGCCGUCUACAGAGCCGAAGGAGACGAACUGACAUCGAUGAAGAUCUGACUUUCCAACCUUUCAGAUGCGAAAUGAGUCAUCCAUAUUUCCUUCAAAGAGUCAGAGCCAUCUGAUUUCACCACGCCCUUGUUAAGGACCCUCCGGUGGCUACUCAACGUUGAAUCACAGGACAUGUACGGCAGUGCCAGAGCUGUAGGUCAUGUAGAGAGCAGCCCUGUACGGUCCCCACGCCUUCCUAGGUCCCCCAGGCUGGGCCACCGUAGGGCUCACAGCGGGAGCGGGGGUGGUGGCGGGGGUAAGACGCUCUCCAUGGAGAACAUCCAGUCCCUCAACGCUGCUUACGCUACUUCAGGGCCCAUGUACCUGAGUGACCAUGAGGGCGUGGGCUCCACUGCCACUUACCCAAAGGGAACCAUGACGCUGGGUCGCGCCACCAGCCGGGCCAUGUAUGGGGGCCGCUGCACAGCCAUGGGAAGCAGCCCCAACAUUGCCUCGGUGGGGCUGCCGCAUGCUGACCUUCUGUCUUACAGUGACCUGGGCUCCCUCUCCAUGCUGCACCCCCACCACCACCAGGGGGUGCCCUCCGCUCUCCUGAGACAGGCUGUGCGGGGCAGCGGUGGGGAGCUGCUGGAGAUGCAGGCCCAGCUCAGGGAGAUGCAGAGGGAGAACGAGCUGCUGCGACGGGAGCUUGACCUGAAGGAAAGUAAGUUGGGAUCUUCCACCAACAGCAUCAAGAGUUUCUGGAGUCCCGAACUGAAGAAGGAGAGGAUAAUGAGAAAAGAGGAGGCGGCUCGGACGUCAAUCCUUAAAGAACAGAUGAGGGUCACUCAUGAGGAGAAUCAGCUGCUGGAUGCCAGGAGAACCAAGCAUCUCCAGAUGACCAUCCAGGCUCUGCAGGACGAGCUGCGCACACAGCGAGAUCUCAACCACCUGCUCCAGCAGGAGAGCGGCAACCGCUCUGUCUCGGAGCAUUUCACCACGAUUGAGCUGACGGAGGAGAACUUCCGCCGUUUGCAGGCGGAACAUGACAGGCAGGCCAAGGAGCUGUUCCUGCUCAGGAAAACCCUGGAGGAGAUGGAGCUGAGGAUUGAGACUCAGAAGCAGACACUUGGUGCCAGAGAUGAGUCUAUUAAGAAGCUGCUGGAGAUGCUGCAGAGCAAGGGGCUGCCUUCCGGGCCGGGCCGGGCCUCUGAGGAGGAGGAGCAGGAGAGAGCCAGGAGGAUUGCUGAGGCAGAGGCCCAGCUUGGACACCUGGAGGUUAUUCUGGAUCAGAAAGAGAAAGAAAACAUCCAUCUGCGAGAGGAGCUGCAUAGAAGAACUCAGCUGCAUCAGGACCCGAGCAAAACCAAGGCCCUGCAGACCAUCAUAGAGAUGAAAGACACCAAAAUUGCCUCUCUGGAGCGCAACAUUCGAGAUCUGGAGGAUGAGAUCCAGAUGUUGAAGGCAAACAGCUUACUGAACACAGAGGACAGAGAGGAGGAGAUCAAACAGAUGGAGGUCUACAAGAACCACUCUAAGUUUAUGAAGACCAAGAUUGACCAACUGAAGCAGGAGUUGUCAAAGAAAGAGUCUGAGCUGCUGGCUCUGCAAACGAAACUUGAGACCCUCAACAACCAGAACUCAGACUGCAAACAGCAUAUCGAGGUGCUCAAAGAGUCACUCACUGCCAAGGAGCAACGCGCUGCCAUCCUACAAACAGAGGUGGAUGCCUUACGUCUGCGUCUGGAAGAGAAAGAGUCAUUCCUGAACAAGAAAACCAAACAGCUGCAGGACCUGACGGAGGAGAAAGGAACCCUCGCCGGAGAAAUCAGGGACAUGAAGGACAUGCUGGAGGUCAAGGAACGGAAGAUUAACGUCCUGCAGAAGAAGAUUGAAAACCUGCAGGAGCAGCUGAGGGACAAAGACAAGCAGCUGGGGAACCUGAAGGACAGGAUAAAGUCUCUGCAGACCGAUUCCAGUAACACAGACACUGCCUUGGCCACCCUGGAGGAGGCGCUGUCGGAGAAGGAGAGAAUCAUAGAGCGAUUGAAGGAUCAAAGAGAAAGGGAGGAUCGAGAACGUCUGGAGGAGGUGGAGUCAUACAAAAAGGAGAACAAAGAUCUGAAGGAGAAGGUCAACAGUCUGCAGAUAGAACUGACAGAUAAAGAGUCCAGCCUCAUCGAUCUUAAAGAACACGCAUCAUCUCUGGCAUCCUCCAGCCUCAAGAAGGACUCAAAGCUUAAGUCAUUGGAGAUUGCUAUUGAGCAGAAAAAAGAGGAAUGCAGUAAGUUGGAGACGCAGUUGCAGAAGCAGGCUGAGCAGCUAUUCAGUCACAUGAAUAAUCCUAAAGCUCAUGAGGUGGAGCAGCAGACGGGCUCCAGAGCUAACCCGGAGUACGUGGACCGAGUGAAGCUGCUGGAAAAGGAAGUGAGCUACUACAAGGACGAAGCUACCAAAGCUCAGACAGAGGUGGAGAGACUCCUGGACAUCCUGCGUGAGGUUGAGACGGAGAAGAACGACAAAGACAAGAAGAUCGCUGAGUUGGAAAGUUUAGCUCCCAGGCAAGGAGGCAAAGAUCAGACCAAGAAAAGUCCAAACAUCAAACUGGGACAAGGGGACAAAAAAGGCUUAGGUCAGGACCCUCGUAAGGACAGCUCUUUGGAUGGUGGCCACCACUUAAAGCUGGAGGAGUUGAUGAACACUUUGGAGAGGACGAGGCAGGAGCUGGAUUCAACAAAGCAGCGUCUCUCUUCCACGCAACAGUCUUUACAGGAGAGGGACACCCACCUGACCAACAUGAGACAGGAGCGCCGGAAACAGCUGGAGGAGAUCCUGGAAAUGAAACAACAAGCUCUGCUGGCAGCUAUCAGUGAGAAGGAUGCUAACAUUGCGCUGCUGGAACUGUCUGCGUCUAACAAAAAGAAGACCCAGGAUGAAGUUAUGGCCCUGAAGAGAGAGCGGGACAAACUGAUGCAUCAGCUCAAACAACACACACAAAGCAGAAUGAAGCUGAUAGCUGACAACUACGAGGACGAGCACUAUCAUCCACAUGCUCCUCAUCACCAGCCGCAGCCCCUUCAUGCUCAGCCUCAGUCCCAAGCUCAGUACCCUCACCCUUCCCAUGCUCAACAGUCUCCGUAUCCACAUGCCCCACAUGCCCAGCACCUGCAGCACCCUCAAGUCCCACAGCAGCACCCGCAUCCACAGCAACCACAACCACAGUAUGCUCAGCACCCUCAGCCUCUUGCACCACACCAACAGCAUCCACGUCCCCCACAGCCUCAGCACCCCCACCAACAGCAUCCUCAGCAUCCCCAACAUGUGCCACCUCAUGGACAUCCCACUCCCCAGCACCCUCACCCUCAACAUCCACAUGGCCCACCCCAACAAGGACCACAUCCCCAGCAUCCACAUCCUCAACACCCCCAACAUCCCCAGCACCCCCAGCACCCUCAACAUCCUCAGCAUCCGCACCUCGCCCAGCAUCCACGUCACCCAUCCCCCCACCAUCGAGGAGGGCCGACCCGAGGACCCCCACAUGCUGGUCACCGUCCCUCCCCAGACCAGGAUGAUGAGGAAGGAAUUUGGGCAUAGCCAUGCCAACCAAAGCUCUUCUGUUGUUUUGAGGGAUGAUUCAGUCACUACUGGAGGAGCACGGCCAUCCCAUGAUGUUGAAACACCACCCAGUUACACCUUUAUUACUGUCAGUGAAUCAGUACUUCAGAGCAGUGGGAUUUUUGUUUAGUUUUUUUUUUUUCUCUCUCUGGGGAAGACGAGGGGGUACUCAGGUGUGACGAUUAAGCACGGAGACGGACAGCUAAGCAGGU